AUGCAGCACAUCAGAGGGCCAGAGCCCGAAUUCGGCACAACGCUCUCGCUCUCACGCUCGCGAUCUCGCUCCCGUAGCGCCAGUAUCUCCAGCGAUUCACAACUCUCCCUUAUCCAUCUCGCCCCGCCCUCUGUUAAUCCGCCUCCGUCCUUCAUCGCACCGGCGUCGGCGUCUCAGAUUAUCACGUCAGAUCAGGAGUUCAACGCUGCGGAUUUUGUAGCUGACGAAAAUGAUGAUUCUGGCGCCCUCGUUACUCCUGAGGCGUUAUCCGCUCUCAAUGGGUUCCUUGACCACCUGGUUCUCAACAUUCUAGCAGCUGCAAAGUCGACACAGUUGGCCGCGAUUCGACCUGCUGUUGCUGAUGUACUGAAACCCCGACUAGCGAACCUGGUUGUGUCCGUAGCCGACGAGGAGUUGAGCGAGUAUCUUGGAGAUGAGGAGGACGAACAGUCUGAGUUCCGUGGCGGCCAAAGCCCAGAGGGUGAAUUCGACCUCAUUCGCACCUGGAAGUUGACGCGCCUGCGUUGUAUGGUGUACACACGCCUUGGCGACUUGGAGGAAGACGACGAAGAGGAGUAUAUCGCCCAGGAAGGUCUUGUCGAUGAGGAAGGUGCGCCUCGACGAUUCACGAAUCAUAUCGGCAACAUCACUCCUGCUGCCGCCAUCUUUCUGACCUCCAUCAUCGAGCACAUUGGUGAACAGGCGCUUGUAAUUGCAGGCGAAACAGCAAGGUCUCGACUCUCACCUAAGCUCGUGGUUGAAUGUGAUGAAAAUGAGGAUGGCGUCGGUAAAGAGAGGGGGAGCAUGAACCGGCUGGUAGUGGAAGAGCUCGAUGUUGAAAAGCUGGCAUUGAAUCCGACGCUUGGACGGCUAUGGCGGACGUGGAGGAAACGUACUCGCACGCCGAACCUUUCUCGGCUGGCAUCUCGCGACUCUCUACGACGACGUGGCACUGUCGCUGGCACUAUCGGUAUGAACAGUAGGAAGAGCAGCUUCUCCAUCACUGAGGAUCCGCUUUCGCCCCCGCUGGAGGAGCCUCAGUCUGAGUCUCAGUCUGAAGCUCAGGUUGAAGCCCAGCCCGAAGCCCAGCCGGAGAUUGACCCAGUAUCUAUUCCUCUACCAAUGGGCGAGAACGAUGUCGAAGAGAUUGAAAAUGAGGACUUCCCAGACUUCGACACCGCUGAGAUCCGAACUAUGCAAGCUGUUGUUGCCCACAAAGUACGCCCACAGAGUUUGAUGGUUCUCACUUUACAAUCCCCUAAAUCGCCAUCUUCACAUACUGGCUCGCCCAUCACUCCUAUCUCCGCCCGCAGUGCCCCUCCGCUCUCCCGUCAUGCUAGAUCGCGAUCUCUACCAAGCCCGACUUGCCCGUCUGAGGCUCCAGAGGUCGACCCGGCUUACCCGGUUCCUCGUAGACCAUCGCCUGCGGCUUCUGAAGAGCGAAGGCGCCUUGACACAAUGUAUGAACAUGAGGAGCGUGAGGAGGCCGAGACUGUCAAAGAAGACAAAGGUCGCAAGCUUGCGGGUCUGACUACAGAACUCAAGCCCGAACAGACACCUCCGUCAAAUCUGCCUGAUGACGUAGCUGAUAACGUUACGAAAGGAGUCAUUGCUUCCGCUGCUAAAGUCGCGACGAGCCAAGCAGCUGACACCGAAAGUCCUUCAAUUGAACCAGAAACUGAAGUCAUCGAAGGCCAAGGUACCGUGCAAAAGCCAUCUCCCGUACAACGACCGAAGCGGAAUCCAAGCAAGGAUGCUACGCGUAACAGUGACCGACAAGCUACCCCUGCAUCGUCGAGCGAUGUUGAGAGCCUUCCCAAAAAGCAAAGUGAAGAAGUACCCAUACCCGUGGCCCCCACGGAACCAAGUGUGAGCCUGCCUCCCACUUCGGCUCGUGAGGUUCGUCCAUCGCUGGACAGUGUUCGAGGAUCGAGACCUGCUUCCAAUUCCAGUGAUAGUGUACACUCGAGCUUCUCGCGUGCCCAACGCCCGAGUGCGCUCAACUUAACAAGUGGUAGCCAGCGCUCUGCAACAUCGUCAGUCUCAAGCUCGGUAACAGAGCGUGCGGCUGUGCAGCGUAUCCCAGCGCGACCGUCGACUUCCUCGGCAUCAUCGCCGCAUCCCUCAAUCGUUCCAAAAUCUCGCCGAUCUGGCAGCUUCAGUAGUAAUCGGGAAAAGCGCCCAAUGACUGCCGGGUCUACCACAUCCCAGAAGCUGAAAGGCCUCAUCAACCGGUCGGAAGAACCGAACCCGAGGCGCGAUUCAGAAGGAAUGACGAGACGCUUCACUUUACUCUCACGCCAAAAAGUGUCCGAGAAAUGGAUAAAGCCAACAGCCCAAAGGCCAAACACUGUUGAAUCGGCAAAUGGCUCAGUCGAUACAAGCCGACCGAUGGUAUCACCUAGAAGUCAACCUUCUCCCAAGUCAAGGGCUUCCGAGAAGCCCAGGCCUGCGCCCAUUCAAGUGCCUCGUGCGAAUACGCCACAGAAGUCGAAAGUAAUACAAGCUCGCGACGCUCGUCCUGUUUAUGAGUCGAGCUCCGAUCUUGCGCAAUUUAUUCGCAAUUCCGGCCCCGCAAGUCCCCCAAUCCUCAACAAGUCAGUCAGUCGCCAGUCCUCCGAUGCGCAGUUGUCAAGGAGAUCUUCUCGGGCCGAGAGCGCCAUGUCGGGCUCGACUCGGGGGCCCAGACUGCAAGCGAAACCUCCAGCGCUUCCUAAGUCUGAAACAAACUCGACGUCCGAUCUGAUUGACUUCAUCCGUGAAGGUCCACCUACCGCUGGAGCACGCCGCAUUCCGCGCACAGUCGCGCCAUUCCGCAGCACUAUGGACUCGGACGAUCUUGCAUAUGAGCAUGGUGCCACCCCGUCGAUUACCAGCACCCAGGGUGAAUCCACAACCACCAAGUCCCUGGCUUCAGUUGGCUCGCACACCAGGCUUAUUGAUUCAUCAAAUAAAGCAAGUACAAACACAAGGAUAGGGUCGACGAAACCGCCCUCUAGCUCCGCAGGUCAAAUACCUGUUGAAGACGAUCCUCGUCCUAAGCGAGCACAGCGCCGAGUGCCCGACCCCUACGCUUUAGAUUGGGAUGAUGAGGAGCUAGAAGCGAUGCUGGAAGAGGAAGAGGAGAAGAAGAACCCCAAGCCAAAACGCGAUGAGGAAAGCCUAAUAGACUUCCUUCGCAAUGUACCUCCCCCCCCUGAGCCAGAACAGCCGCAACCGAUUGUUGCCCCACGUACGAAAACACCAAACGGCGGCUCAUCUUCGAUGAAGGCUCGCCUUCUCCGCAGCGCCUCCUCCGAGAAGGGUCCCACUUUGAAAGGCCCGUCAACCAAGUCUUCACAAACAUCAUUGCGCCAGCAGUCAGAUCAGUACUCCAAGAGACCGUCCAACUAUACGGUUAAGUCGUCGGACGCCAUGUACGGCUUGGCGUCUGUCUCGGAGCGACAGACAGACACUAGCGCGUUGGCAGACUUUCUGCGGAACACAGGGCCUCCCUCGCCCGCUCCGCCCCAGGGGCCAUCCAAGGACACGAGCUUUGCCCGUCGUUUCUUCGUUCGGCGUAAGAAGGUCGAAGCCUAA